UAGUUUACUCUGUUCGUAACAGAUUUUAGUUUUGGGAACAGAAAAUUGUAUUGAGAUAAAAUGUAAUCCAUCUCGUUACAUCUUCUCCGACUGCAGAGUGGACUAAGUUUUGUAGUGAGUGGAAAAGCCAAGGGAAUGCUUUACAUUUAUACAUCCGGUGGAAUUUUUGUCUCAUUGUUCUAUCUGUGAAAUUAAAUAACACGUGUGAAUCAUGACAGGCUACAAACUUGAGCCAACUGCGAGCUGGGGUAGGCUAGGUCGUUUCACGUCUCAGGCCCUCGGAGGAAGCCGAUUGAGAGAGGGGUGAAUGUGCUGCUAAAAAAGGCAAAUCCGGGGGAAGCAGACGAACAAAACGAAUGAUUCUACUCGUUCACAAAGAGACAGGCGUGAUUAGAAACUCAGUCCGAUCAAGAAUAGGCCUAUAAGCGUUCUGAGCUUUGAUCAAUGCUGGGCAUAAUAUUUAGAUGUUGAUCCGUAAUUGAUUUCUUGAUUGUGUAUAAAAUAUAUAAACAGGCUAUAUAUAGUUUUAUUUUAUUUUUUUACAAAUGAGGAAAAAUGACCGAGGUCCGGAUCUCGUACUCAUAUGUAGUUACAGCUCUGUGUGCAGGUUAUGCUUUUAAUAUGACUGAAGGCUCUACUACCGACUGAAGCGAUGCGCUCGCCUUCAACCACCAAUUUCACGGCGCUGUUUGUUUGCGCAUGGCCAGUCGCUCUCGAGGUCUUUCCGUCUCACUCGCAACCGGCAUCUUUGUACAAAACAAAUCUUAUCACUGGUGCAUCAACACCUGGGGUGUUCAGCAAAAUAAUUAAGGGUGGCAUAAUUUAACGACAUGAGCAGAUCCACUGAAUGUCGAUGGAGUCUGUGAAAUCCGUAGAGCUCCAUGAUUUGGGGGAUGGGGACAAGCGCGCUGCCUGCGAGGCCGCUACAACUCCGGGACAAGGUCCUCGGACAGCGCCCAGAGCUGGAAUCGAGAACACGUCAUAUCAGGAAGAAGAGCACGAGAUGAGGUUCAGUGACCCAGCCAGCUCGAGUGUUCAUCGGUCCAUGUCUAAUGAUAGGGGCUACCAGACACAACCCCAGCCUUUCCAGCGAAAUGAGCUGUCACCCCGGUCUGAGGAGGGCCAUGUGACUGACUUCAAUGACCAUUCUGUCGACUAUGGGUUCAUAUCUGCCCUGGUGUUCUUGGUGGGUGGAAUAGUACUGGUAAUCAUUGCCUAUACCAUCCCCAGAGAGGCUAAGGUCAACCCAGACCUGGUGUCAGCUCGUCAGAUGGAGAAACUGGAGAUGUACUACGCACAACUGGGCUCGCACCUCGACAAGUGUAUCAUAGCAGGCCUGGGACUGUUGACUCUAGGGGGAAUGCUCUUGUCCAUCUUGCUAAUGGUGUCCAUAUGCAAAGGUGAGCUGUACCGCCAGAGGACUUUUGUCCAACCCAGGAAGACGUACGGGUCGAUUCACCUGCGGAUGAGACAGUUGGGCGAGGGGGGAGAAUCUAUUGUUGAAUGUGAACCUAGUCACACUGGCACCACAGCUCCAGCCAUAAGUACAGAUGGAACACAGAUGUCCAGUGGGACCCAACAGGAGUAGCACAAUCUGAGCACAUUUCUAUCCACAGACUAUGUGAAGGGUUGUAAUCAUUGCUUGAGGGGCUUUGUGAAAAGUGAAGCAAGCAAGGUAAGCUGAAUGUGGUUAAGACUAAGAGCACAUCUGGAACUACACAUCAUGUAUUGUUGGAUGUAGGAUCAAAUCAGAGACUGAGAUGGAACUGAAAAGCACAAUGGGCACCCUUGAGGAACUCAUUGAAUAGGCUAACUUGACAUGCUGGCUAUCAGCAUCUUUUCAAGACUUGAAUAUAUGUCUGGAUAAUAUAUUUAUCACAUUGUUAAUGAACAAAACAUGUACAAUAUGUAUAGGCCUACAAAUGCUGUUGUUGUUAUUGUUAUCAUGUAAGGAUACAAUGCCUUAAAAAGUUAGUCACUGUAAAUUGUGUACACAUAUGCUAACAUUCUAAGCUCAUGUGAGCCAAUAAGCCAAGUUAAAUAUGUAGCAACUCACUGGAGCCACUUAACCUGUUGGUUGUUAUUAUAACGUGGUCUUGGCAAGAAAAUACAGCAGCACAAACAAUAACAUCGAAGCAAGUGAAAUGUUAGAUAUGCAUCAGAGGCUUUGGGCCAGGUUUUUGAUGAAUUUAAGAAAACAACAUAUUAUUUUAUUUCAUAAUGAUGUGGAAAUAUAUAUACCAAAUGUGGAGAACCGGCAACAACUUUUCCUCCAAAAUGUGUUAAUGAGAUUGUCCACACACACACAUACCACCAUGCAAGGUCUUGCCCAAAGAAAUGGGGUCAUAAUUAUAUACUAUAAUUGUCCCAGUUGUUUGCUACAAAUUUAGCCUUUAUCUUUAAAAAUACAUUAGAGCCAUUUGGUAACAUAGAUCAUAUAUCAUAGAAGUCCUUAUGAAACUUUGCAAUGGAAUAAUGGAGCUGGAAGAAUAAAUCUCUCUCUUUCUCUCUCCCCCUCUCUCUCUUCAAAUCAGCAUGUUAAACAGCAGCAACACAAUAUUUAUUAUAAAUAUCAAACAUUCAUGAUAAUUAAAUAUAUCGCCUCCAGAUAACAGUUAUUAUCCAAAUGAAAUAUUAUUACAGACCAAAUUAUUUAAUGCAAACCAAAGGCCUUUUCAAAUGAUUUAAUGGAGAAAGCUAAUCACUUAUAAAGAAAGUGGUAAGAACAAAGUACUAGUAUACAGACAAUGAUUUUCUUACCAUCUGGUGCAUUACAUAUAGAGCAACUGAAUGAGACAAUUUAUAAAGCUCAGAAAGCAUAUUAAUGAUUUAAAGCUAAGGCUCCUUUAAUAUCAACUGAGGCUAAGGAUUUGGCAAUUUGUCUUCUCUUACAAUUCGAAUGCGAAGUUGAUAUCCAUUCAGUGUAUGUAAUAAAUGUAAUAGCCUAACAUAAAAACACAUCUAAAUCAGAGUGUAUUAGUCACAUGCACAGGGUUAGAUGUGUUUGCAGGGUACAUUGAUAUUCGUAUGCUCAGAGCUCCAACAAUGCAGGUCAAAGAGAAGUGAGUGAAACAAUAAUAACAAAUAGUAAUAGAAAUAAUACUAAGUAAAAUAAUAUAUAAUAAUCAAAAAAUUCAAAUGCUGUGUUGUACACUCAUUGUUGGUCUAUAUUGGCAAGUGCACUUUUGGAAAGGAGGAGCACAUUUUCCUGGAAGAAAUUACAAAUAUCUGGCUUACUGCUAUUAGCCAUAUAUACUGUAAGUUAUGUAAAGGUGGCCAUUGUUUUAAUUUUAAAUCAUGGAGUUAAUAUUAUAUUCACAACAAAUAUAGACAAUAUAUCAGAGAAUUAAGUUUACAGAUAUUUAACAACUAUUUAUAUACAUAUAUAUACAGAACCAUUGUUGGAUCAAUGUAUCGUAGAAAAUAUUUGACCUCCACAAUUGCUGCUGUUCACGUCAUAGGCCCACUCAUAAGUAUUGUACAUUGAUGAAACUUGCAGAGUAAAUUAGUCGUAGAUAUCAGUUCAAGGUUUUAGGAGGCUUUUUCUUAUAAUGGUGUUUUCAACAAUCAAUAAAGUGUCUGUCUAUAGGUUAUGACCAAGAGUAACGUUGCAUUGCUUGUUAUUCAAACUGUUAAAUAGAGAGGAUCUGUUGAAUGUCCAUGUUAAUCUGAUUGUGUUUGAUGAAUGUUAGGUAAUGUUGUAUUACUACAGAGAUGUUGGACUUAUAAAGGCCCUGCUAGUCUAAGUUUUCAGUUAUUACACGUGAAUACAUACAUUUCACAUAUGCACAACUGGAAUACACUUCAAUACCUUCUCACUUAGUUUGGGUACCAGUCUGUUUUUGCCGUCAUGCCACUCUUUGCCACUCUUUGUCAUGCCAAAGACGACAAUGAGUUGACAUGAUAGCACCAACAUGAUCUGGGACUAGGCUGCUUCUCACUCAAGGAUCAUGAAUGAAUGUAAACUAUCCCAAAAGGUGAACAACUGUGGCAUCACAAUAAUACUCACAGUAUUCAUAUUAUGGUUGAUGCAAUACUGAUGUAUGUUGACAUUUGAUGAUUGAAUGACGGUUAGCAUGACAUCAUCUUCACAUUUUACACACAAAAACCACACAAGAACUUAUGUUAUCACAAUUACAGUUGAAGUUGGAAGUUUACAUACACCUUCGCCAAAUACAUUUAAACUCAGUUUUUCACAAUUCCUGACAUUUAAUCCUAGUCAAAAUUCCCUGUCUUAGGUCAGUUAGGAUCACCACUUUAUUUUAAGAAUGUGAAAUGUCAGAAUAAUAGUAGAGAGAAUGACCUAUUUCAGCUUUUAUUUCUUUCAUCACAUUCCCAGCGGGUCAGAAGUUUACAUACACUCAAUUAGUAUUUGGUAGCAUUGCCCUUUAAAUUGUUUAACUAUGGUCAAACAUUUCAGGUAGCCUUCCACAAGCUUCCCACAAUAUGUUGGGUGAAUUUAGGCCCAAUCCUCCUGACAGAGCUGGUGUAACUGAGUCAGGUUUGUAGGCCUUGCUCACACAUGCUUUUUCAGUUCUGCCCACAAAUUGUCUAUAGGAUUGAGGUCAGGGCUUUGUGAUGGCCACUCCAAUAAUUUGACUUUGUUGUCCUUAGGCCAUUUUUCCACAACUUUGGAGGUAUGCUUGGUUCAUUGUCCAUUUGGAAGACCCAUUUGCGACCAAGCUUUAACUUCCUGACUGAUGUCUUGAGAUGUUGCUUCAAUAUAUCCAUAUAAUUUUCUUGCCUCAUGUUGCCAUCUAUUUUGUGAAGUGCAGCAGGCCCUCCUGCAGCAGAGCACCCCCACGAAAUGAUGCUGCCACCCCCGUGCUUCACGGUUGGGAUGGUGUUCUACAGCUUGCAAGCGGCCCCCUUUUUCCUCCAAACAUAACAAUGGUCAUUAUGGCCAAACAGUAAACAUUUUGUUUCAUCAGACCAGAGGACAUUUCUCCAAAAAACACAGUCUUUGUCCCCAUGUGCAGUUGCAAACCGUAGUCUGGCUUUUUUUAAUGGAGGUUUCGGAGCAGAGGCUUCUUCCUUGCUGAACGGCCUUUCAGGUUAUGUCGAUAUAGGACUGGUUUUUACUGCGGAUAUAUAUACUUUUGUACCUGUUUCCUCCAGCAUCUUCACAAGGUCCUUUGCUGUUGUUCUGGGAUUGAUUUGCACAUUUCACACCAAAGUACGUUCAUCUUUAGGAGACAGAACGUGUCACCUUCCUGAGCGGUAUGACGGCUGCAUGGUCCCAUGGUGUUUAUACUUGCGCACUAUUGUUUGUACAGAUGAACGUGGUACCUUCAGGCAUUUGGAAAUUUCUCCCAAGGAUGAACCAGACUUGUGGAGGUUUUUCUGAGGUCUUGGUUGAUUUAAUUGGAUUUUCCCAUGAUGUCAAGCAAAGAGGCACUGAGUUUCAAGGUAGGCCUUGAAAUACAUCCACAGGUACACCUCCAAUUGACUCAAAUUAUGUCAAUUAGCCUAACAGAAGCUUCUAAAGCCAUUAAUUAAUUUUCUGGAAUUUUCCAAGCUGUUUAAAGUCACAGUCAACUUAGUGUAUUUAAACUUCUGACCCACUGGAAUUGUGAUACAGUGAAUUAUAAGUAAAAUAAUCUGUCUAUAAACAAAUGUUGGAAAAAUUACAAGUGUCAUGCACAGAGUUGAUGUUGUAACCGACUUGCCAAAACUAUCAUUUGUUAACAAGAAAUUUGUGGAGUGGUUGAAAAACAAGUUCAAGUGUAUAUAAACUUCCGACUUCAACUGUACAUUAUCAUCAAGGUAGCCGCCACACUGUUUUCCAAACAAUCCUGUUUGUUUUGGAUUCAUCUUAAAGUGUAUAAAUGCCCUCAAUGUAAAAAAAAGCAAGGACACAAAACCUUUAAGGAAGUGGAUACAUCCCAAGACCUUGGAAAACUGACCAGUGAUAACUCAAUUGAUUUUAAGUUAUUAACCCAUAAUAAUGAUUAGCACAGCAAAAUGAACUAGCAUGUUUAAGGAUCAGUAAAGGACAACUUUGUGUACCAUCGACUGUUAGCCAAUGUGUGUCUUGUUCUUAAGGAGCAGUCAUACAGUUACUUAGUAAUGAAGUCUUAUGUGGCGAUAGAAGAGUAACAGAGAGUAAGCUGUUGAAACUGCAUGUGUGUUUUGUGAGAUAUUGUGAAAAUCCAAUGCCCCAUUUUUGUUGCAUUUAUGAUAUAUCUAAGAGCUGUAUAUGUGACAAUUUUUAAGAAUAAUUUCAGUAUGACAAAUAAACCUUUGUUGCUCUUG